UGUACCAAAUCAAUCCAAGCCUACGCGCGUUUUUGAUGUCUGCUGUGAGCUUUAGCCGCUUCAGCAGGAAAUUGUUUCACUUUUGCCCGUAUUGAAUUACUGCUGGGAGAAAUGUCUACGUUGCGAUGCAUCGUUCGAUCUAUCGUAGCCUCACGGAUUUGCAACUCGCGCCUCAUAAGUUCUGGCAGCCCCCGACUUACCAAGAUUUACACUCGCACGGGUGACAAAGGGACAUCUGCAACAUACACGGGUCAGCGGCGGCGCAAGGACGACACAGUCUUCGAGGCCCUGGGUGCCACAGACGAGCUCAACUCGCACAUUGGCUAUGUCCGCUCUGUCCUGAAGCAUCCAGAGGUCAGCGACCAGCUCAAAUGGGUUCAGUGCUUGCUCCAAGACCUCCAGGCUUCUAUCGCAACACCAUUGUCAUCAGCAUCUGAGGGACAGAGAGCCAAGACUGAAUUUCCGGCUGAGCACAUUAAGGAGCUGGAACAGUGGAUCGAUGCACAUUCCGAGAACUUGCCACCGCUCAAGAAUUUUAUCCUUCCCUCUGGAAGUCCAGCUGGUGCUGCCCUCCACAUAGCCCGCUCUGUCUGCCGGCGUGCUGAACGAAGGGUGACCUCACUUUUCUUAGAAAAAGAGGUGGACGAAGUUGUGAUGAAAUAUAUAAAUAGGUUGAGUGACUACCUGUUCGUAGCUGCACGGGUCUGCUCGCACCAUGAAAAUGCAGAGGAAACUAUUUACAAGUGACACCAUCCAAGAAUACUGUGGCCUUUGUUCACGUUGUAGGGCUUUUUGUAAUUAAACAUUUCUAUUACCCUA